CAGGAUAUUAAAGGGGAUGCAACAGAAAACCUGUGAAGGAAACAAGUCCUCAUGGCAGGACUCCGCAAGGAAUGGCAAUGUGUAUAAGCCUUUUCGAUGCCCUCAAUGUGGAGAGAAUAUACGUUUUAGAACCCUUUCAUCCCUAAGGGCUCAUCUUGAUUAUAUGCACAGCUAUGAGGAAAGGUAUUUUUUGGGAAAAUCCAGUAUUAUCUGUUCCUUGAAAGAGUCAGAACCAAAAUCAUCUCUUGAGCCGCUCAACGAAAUACAAAUUGGUUCUAGUAACAAUGGCUUGAAGCAAAAGACAUCAAUUUCUGCUUUUUGUGAUCUUACGAAUGAGAACAAGAAAAUCAGUAGUCCUAUAGAAACACUAUCUGAACAGACACUUAUUAAAAGUCUUUUUUCUGAUGACUCUGCAAAUAUUCACAAUCCUGUAUCUGGAUACCCUUCGACCAGGACUAAACUUCAUUUAGAACCUCAAGCGAAAGUCAUGUUCAACCAAAUUGCAGAUGCUGUAGAUAAAACCAUAGAAAAGAAAAUUGACAAACUUAAUAAAGAACUUUGCCAAAAAACGUCAGAGCUCCUUGAAGUACGUGCUGCGUUUUUACAGCUUUCACAAAAAAAACAAGAAGUUCAGCGCCGGGAAAGGGCCCUAAGUCGACAGGUGGAUGUUGCUGUGGAGUUGAUUGCAAUUCUUAGACAACGGUUAACUGAAUCUGAACAAGAACUUCAAAGAAAAGAGGAGUAAGUAUGAAAUCACAGAAAAACUUGCUUUGAAUCUAGGAGCCAGCUUAAAAAGUUGGGAGUCAGGUUUUUUAAACUUACAAAGUAUUAUUUUCCACGACAAAAAUUCAAUUCUUAAAGAGACACUAUAGUCACCAGGACCACUACAGCUUAAUGCAGUGCUUCUGUUGUCUAUAGCCUGUCUCUGUAGGCUAUUCAAUGUAGACACUGACUUUUUAGAGAGGCGAGAAACUGGGGGAGAGUGGAGGCUGGCAGCUGGCUGGCUAGCCGGCAAGCUGGCUGCUUGUUCUGUAUGCUGACGGCGAUUGAGCAGUGAUCUCCCUGCUCUGCUCCCUCGCUUGGCGCUUAGUAAUGUAAGGGCCAGAGUGACAUCAUAUUUCGGCUCCAGCAUCACUAAGAGGCGCACAAAGGAGCAAAGCAGGGAGAUCACCGCUCCUUCACCGUCAGCAUAUAGAAUGCGCAACCUGCCGCCCACUUCGGAGGCAGAGAGCGGGCUCACAAAUCCCUGGUCGCCAUGGCAACCUGGUGCCUGGGAUUUAGUAUAGUUCCCACCCCUUUGCAUGUGGAAAUAAACUGUUAACGCCAUAAAAUAUUAUUUGUGCAUCAUCAUGUAACACUGUACCUUGAAUAUGUUUGCAUUUUGUUCUGCAUCUUUUAUAUAUAUAUAUAUAUAUGUGUGAACAGACAGGGGUGCACUCACAGGGCUUGAAAAAGGACGACAAUCAAAUUCUUAAGGUGCAAAAAGUCUUCAUUAUAUCCGUGAAUACAUCAACGUUUCGACCCCUAAGGGUCUUUUUCAAGAUCCAUAUAGUUUUUUGUUAUAUAUAUAUAUAUAUAUAUAUAUAUAUAAAUUUAAAUUUUUUUGUUGUUUUUUUUUUACUAUUAAUGGACACCGAGUGUCCGUUUAAGCUCUCAGUCUAUCACUGUUGCUCCUUUGCUGCCCAAGCUAAUGCUUCCAUAUGAGCUCGAGCAUCAAAAUAGAGACAGCUAACAGGUGCUUGGGGACACUACUUCUGUAAUAAACCAUUAACACUUUAAGGUAAGAUGGUGCCACGGGAUUCCAGGCAUCUUAACCACUUAAUUCAUAGUGAAGUAAUUAUGGUAUCCAAGGUGUUCCUUUAGUUUACAUUUUAUUCCAGACUCUGAACAAUGCAAAGUUUGAGUUAUGGUGAUCUAUGUGCUAUAUGAGAAGAAAAAAACUAAAAAAAAAAAAAAGCAAUUUGGGCUUUAUGAUACUCUCCAGCUUAACACUUGGUUGUGCAUUAGAUUUCAAAUGGAAUACUGAAUUGCAUUUCAGCUGAAAUAGAACAUUGUGAAUAUGUAGUUUCAACUCGUAUUUAAUAUCCCCUGACAAUUCCUUUAAAAUGUGAAAUAUAUUUAAAGACAAAUUGUACAUUUCCAAUAUAAUAUAUAAAAAUAAAUAGCUAAGUAACACAAACAGUGACAUUUCAUAUUUCUAUUCCUGAAAAGGCAGAUCUAAUUCAUCACUUAGCAUUAAUACGGACAGGUACAUUAUUCUGAAAUGAAUCACUGUUUAUGUGACUAUUCUAACAUAUUUUAAAGUGCUUAAAAUAUAACACCGAGCAUGAUAUAUGCUAUUUUUAUUCUGAAACCAUUUAAGUGGUGUAUUGAUUGCCACAUGAGCAAUGUUUAGCUCAUGGGAAGAAGCAAUAGAGAGAAACAAUUUUUUGUGUAUUAUAAAUCAUCAUGAAGUUGAAUUACUGCAUAUUGAAGUGAGUGCAUUUUUUUUUUUUUUUUGUGCAAUGGAUUUUAAUGUAACUUUUAAUUUAACUCACAAAUAUAUCUUGCAUAUGUGUAAAAAAAGAAAAAAAAAGUAUUGUAAAAUAUUUUUUGUAGAAUUACCCUGCAUUUGAAAUGCACAGUGUGCACUUGUUGAAAGGGACAUUCUAAGCACUAUAACCACUACAGCUUAUUUAGUGCUCAAAGAGUCUUUGGACAUCUGUCCAUCUCCUCAUGUGCCACUCAGAUAUUGUGGAAGUGAAUUUCUGCAUUUUACAUACAACCUUGAAUGACAAGCAUUUAGUACUUAAAGGAACACUAUAGUCACCUAAAUAACUUUAGCUAAAUAAAGCAGUUUUAGUGUAUAGAUCAUUCCCCUGCAAUUUCACUGCUCAAUUUACUGUCAUUUAGGAGUUAAAUCACUUUGUUUCUGUUUAUGCAGCCCUAGCCACACCUCCCCUGGCUAUGAUUGACAGAGCCUGCAUGAAAAAAAAAACUGGUUUCACUUUCCAACAGAUGUAAUUUACCUUAAAUAAUUGUAUCUCAAUCUCUAAAUUGAACUUUAAUCACAUACAGGAGGCUCUUGCAGGGUCUAGCAAGCUAUUAACAUAGCAGGGGAUAAGAAAAUCUUAAUUAAACAGAACUUGCAAUAAAGAAAGCCUAAAUAGGGCUCUCUUUACAGGAAGUGUUUAUGGAAGACUGUGCAGGGAGGUGUGACUAGGGUUCAUAAACAAAGGGAUUUAACUCCUAAAUGGCAGAGGAUUGAGCAGUGAGGCUGCAGGGGCAUGUUCUAUACACUCUUCCAGCCAGUGUCCCUAGUGUCUCAAUGUCCCCAUGUCUCCUAGUGCCCCCAUGUCUCAGUGUCCCCAAGUGUCUGUGUCCUCAGUCUCUGUGUCUCCAAGUGUCUCUGUGUCUCCAAGUGUCUCUGUGUCCCCAAGUGUCUCUGUGUCCACAUGUCUCUCAGUGUCCACAUGUCUCUCAGUGUCCCCUAGUAUCCUAGUGACAAGGGAAACACUGAGACAUGGGGGCACGGGGAGAAAUGAGGACACUGAGACACUGGAAGACUAGGGGACUGGGCAUCCAAUUCUUUGGACAGACAAGCCCCCUUUUUGGGCAUGCUCACCCCUUUUGGUAGUUCUGGUCACGUGAUUCGCAUCAGUAGCCCACCCUUUUACCCCGCCCAUUGACUUCCUCCUUCACUGGACACUGCUGUUAGGGGGUAUGGAUUUUCUUGAAAGAUGAAAGCAAAAAUUAGAGAGAGAUUAGCAUAGAGUAUGAUUAUUCCUAUAGCUGCAUCCUUUUGAGUUUCCCUCCAACACCAUCUCCAUCACAUACAUGACACUUGGGAGGGAUGACUGUUUUAGUAUUUUUGGUCGAUAAGAUUCUGUAAUUAGGCCCCAUCAUAAUUGUCAGCACCAGGCCCACUGGGCUCUUAAUAUGGCCCUGCCCUUAUCCAUUUGCUUAGCUCAGCGCAGACAUACUGGCACUAGGGGUGGGUAUGUGCCCAUCCCUCUGCUUCCCAUUGUGUGACUGCAGUGUCCCACAAGGUAUUGGCUCUAUUUUUACAUGUUUUUCAUGCCGUUUUGUAAUACCUUGUACUGUAUACAUAUACUUCCUAUUUUUUAUUAAACCAGUAUUGUGUUAUCCCCUCAUUAAGUCUUGUCUAGUGUUUGGGUGCUAGACUGAUCCAGUAUCUUGUUGAUGGUUGGGUGGUAACAUCGAAAACGCUCAGACUGCUAGCUGAGUAGCCAUAAGUAGCAGGUUGCUGUGGUAGGUCAUAGAGGGCACUCAUGGCAUGGAGAAGGGACUGAUGCAGUAGUUGGUUCAUGCCUGGGUCCAGGCACCCCAUAACUUUUACAGUGGGAUUGAAGCUAUUAAAUGUGCUUUUGUGCCUUUCACCAUCCUUAUAUACAGUAGGGAGCUGCCUGUUCUAUGUUAUUUACUCACUGUGUACUGUAGAAUGACAGAUGAUAUUGACUAGGCUGUUAGAUGGGGAACUGGUAAAAUGUAGAUGGUCAGUAACCCUCUGUCAUGCCAAAGCAUGAGUUGGCAUGUGAUAUGUUAUGAAUUGUUUUUGUAUACAUUGGGAUAACAGUUAUUGUAGGCUUUGAUCUAACACCAGGCCUAACCAUAAAAUGUAACGACUAGAUAACCAUCACCAGAGCUGGACAUAUGGUGUCAUAAAAGGUAUUGGUGCAUAUGCUCUGACUUUGGGUUAUUCAAAGGACAACAAAAUUCAAAAAAAUAUGGAGUGGACAAUAAACUGCCAGGCCAAACCCAUCUGAGCCACCCAGGGAUCUGGCCACUUGGAAACUAGUUUUGAGCUAUAUAAUGAGAACGUUAGAUUAUCUAGAGAGAGAUUUUCUUUUUCACAACUACUUGGAGAACUUUAACAUCUGAAUCUCCCACAAGAAUUAUAUGCGGUAAAUAUAUGUAAGGAUUUCUUGUGUUUUCUCCUAUUAUAUUUUAUGGACUGUUUUGCAACUUGUUAUCUGUGUUACUGUAUGUCAUUUAUUCUGUAUUUUUGUACACAGCACUGUGAAUCCUUUUUUUUUUUGUCAGAUUAGAUGUUUACUUAAUCAGCUUGUGUCUUUGUUCUCUAUGAGCUCACUCUCCUGGGGAAAGCUCAGGUAAACACGUUACCAAAGGGUUCAUUAUAUUUACUGUGUGUGGGAUGUAAGGAUAUUUAUGACAUGAUAAAUAUUUAACAUGAUAUGUUCAUAAAAAUGAUCAAAAAUAUUUAAUUUUUAUUAUUUAAAAAAUUUAUAUAUUGGCACAGUACCCCUGAUUAAUGAUUUAAAGCUGAGAAUUACCCACUAUUUUUCAUUCUCAUAGAUCCUGGAGUACGUUUCAUUAGAGAAUUUUUAUUUCACACAUUAAUCACAAGCUAAUUGUUAAAAUAAUUUAUUGUGAUAAUAUUAAUAUGUAACAUGCAAGACAAUAAUCAGUGAACAUUUAGGUAAAGCAUAAGUAUACAAUAUGGCAGUGAUUUAACACAAAUUAUAGACAGCUAAAUAGCAACAGUUAUAUCGACAUGUAUGCAGUUUUCAACAAGAUUUACGACAAGACACUUCACUUUGAAAUCCACUUGCUAAACAUUCUUUAACACAGAACAUGGCAUCUCACAGCAGCACAGCGUAAAGCAAUAAAAACUUUGUCUGACCGUCAAAUCACACUUAAUUAACUCAUUCCCUGCUGGCUGCAAUUCUCAUAGGCAAGAUGUCCUUUUAUAUUGUAAUGACAAAUACAAUAUUUCUCAUACUAGAUCAUUUGACCAUUCCUAUGUCCAUCCAAUAAGAAUAAUUCUAACCAGAUUUUACGUUUGCAGAAUUUUAACUUUCCUAAUUAAGAUUUACUAUUUCUGAAUUACGUAAGCUAAUAUAUCUGGAUAAUUGCCUGGUAUUCUAUUUUAAAGUCUAAAGUGAUAUAGAGUUCAUUGGUCCACCUGCAGGAAUGGAAUUACGAAUUCUAUAUGUUAACGAAUCAUGACUCCUUAAUGUUGGAAUCACCAGCUUUUAUCCAAGUAUAUUCUGCCUUUUAGUAAAAUCAAUUCAUUUAAAUUGAUUUUAUAAAACCAGUAUAAUUACCAGCUCUUUUGUAGAGUUUCUAUCAGGCUUGAAGAUAUGUCCCAGGAAUUGUGAAUGUAAGUAUGAGUAUAGAGAAUUGUGUGAAAAUAGAAAAGUUGUCAGAGUUCUGAAUUUUAAAGAAUUUCAAAGUUAAGUGUUAGUUGGAAAAGAUACAAAGAAUUAGGUGUGUCCAGCUUUGGCUCCAGAUGUCAGAUCUUAGAUGUUGGGUGUGAGUCCAUCCUCAGAGUGUGAGUGUCCCUCUCUUUCCUUCGUCCUUAAUUUUUAAAGGAGAAGUGUUCUAUAUACAUCACUAGUUGAUAGUGACCAAUAGAGUAAGGUGGGCGUAUCUUCCCUACAGACUAUCAUCUAGAUUUUGGACAGUAGAUGGCGCAAUUACAUCACAGAAAAUUCUUGUCAGGGGGGCCAUUUACCUUUUAGUAUAAAGGGUUAACUGAAUUUCGUAAUGCGUUUGACGUCAUCUUGGUUAUCUUUAUGAUAUCAAUUUGUCAAUGACCUGUCAAUCUUCAAAGCGUUUUCUUUGGUUUUUUACUAGACAGACCGUCUACUUUUGUGUACAAUGAAACUUUUUGUAAGAUUCCGUAAAAUUCAUUACUUAGUGUUAUCUGUCAUUGGUAAUCCUGUGUCUGGUUUUCUUGUGUGAAACUGUGUGUAGCACAUAGUAAUAUUACACAUAUUCCACUAAUGUUAGUAAAUAAUAUGACAUUUCUUCAUUGAUAUCAUAUCCAUGAAUAUUCUAUAUUAUUAAUUUAGUACUAUUUAUAUAUGAUUUAUUAUACUUAUAGUUAGUUAUAUGUGGAUAGUGUGUGUGUAUAUAUAUUUGUCUCUUGGUUGUUGCGUUCAACCCCCCCUUGCUGCAGACAUCAUGUCUUAUCUCUGCCAAUGUUUACAUUAGUCUCAUUUGUAGCUCAGGCUUGAGUGAACAGAAUACAGAGAAAAAUAUUGUGUCUGUCUUUACACUGGCUCUGAAAAAAAGGAAUUGGUAUGAAUGGAGGGGUUAGAGUGGCGAUUUAUAAUUGGAAGGGCGGGGAGGUAGUAAUACAAUUGGAGUUGGUGGUAGUAAUAUGAUUGGAAGGAGUAGGGGGGUAGUAAUAUGAUUGGAAUGGGUAGGUGGGUAGUAAUAUGAUUGGAAGGAGUAGGAGGGUAGUAAUAUGAUUGGAAUGGGUAGGUGGUUAAUAAUAUGAUUGGAAGGAGUAGGGGGGUAGUAAUAUGAUUGGAAGGAGUAGGGGGGUAGUAAUAUGAUUGGAAUGGGUAGGGGGGUAGUAAUAUGAUUGGAAGGGGUGGGGGGUUGGUAAUAUGAAUGAAAGGAGUAGGGGGGUUAGUAAUAUGAAUGGAAGGGAUGGGGGGAGUAAUAUGAUUGGAAGGGGCAGGGGUAGUAAUAUUAAUGAAAGGGGUAGGGGAGGGUUAGUAAUAUGAAUGGAAGGGGUGGGGGGAGUAAUAUGGUUGGAAGGGGUAGAGGGGGAGCAAUAUGAAUGGAAAGGGUAGGGGGGGGAUGCUAUGAAUGGAAGGGAUACGUAAAUAAAUUAUAUACCCCACUGGACCACCAAGCAUUAAAAACACUUGGACAACCUUAGAUUUAGAAUUUCUGCUGGAUCACCUGGGCUCCUAGCUGCCUCCUUGCAAAAAAAAGGAAAGCAGGAGGAGAGCGCAAAAAACAUUUUUUUACAUUUAUUUCAGAAAUGCUAAAUGAAAUGGAAAGGCUGGAGUUGCAACAUAAAAACAAAGCCACUUCAACAAUAUCUCACACAGACCACACAUCCAUCACACACAUACAUAAUACUCUUAAUAAUCUCACACACAGCACAUCAGCCACCACACACCCACAUACAUAUUACACGCAGCACACCUGGCCACCACACACCCACAUAUAUAUUACACUCAGGAAUCACACAUAGCUAUCACAAACAGCACACUCAGCCACCACACACCCACAUACAUAUUACACUCAAGAAUCACACACAGCUAUCACAAACAGCACACUCAGCCAUCACAUACCCACAUACAUAUUACAGUCUGGAAUCAUACACAGCUAUCACAAACAGCACACUUGGCCACCACACACCCACAUAUAUAUUACACUCAGGAAUCACACAUAGCUAUCACAAACAGCACACUCAGCCACCACACACCCACAUACAUAUUACACUCAGGAAUCACACACAGCUAUCACAAACAGCACACUCAGCCACCACACACCCACAUACAUAUUACACUCAGGAAUCACACAUAGCUAUCACAAACAGCACACUCAGCCAUCACACACCCACAUACAUAUUACACUCAGGAAUCAUACACAGCUAUCACAAACCGCACACUCAGCCACCAGAAACCCACAUACAUAUUUCACUCAGAAAUUACACGCAGCACACUUGGCCCCAACAUACCCACAUACAUGCUACACUCAGGAAUCACACACAGCUAUCACAAACAGCAGACUCAGCCACCACACACCCACAUUCAUACUACACUCAGGAAUCACACACAACGCAUUCAGCCACCACACACCCACAUACAUAUUACACUCAGGAAUCACAAACAGCAAACUCAGCCACCACACACCCACAUACAUAUUACACUGAGGAAUCACAAACGGCACACUCAGCCACCGCACACCCACAUACAUAUUACACUCAGGAAUCACACACAGCAAACUCAGCCACCACACACCCACAUACAUAUUACACUUUUGGCCAGUCUCAAGUAUAAAUUUGAGGAAAUGCACUUUGAAAGUAAGUAUCCCUGAAUGGCAGUUAGGAAAUGUGGUCACCCUAGGGUGUUGGUGUAGAAGGCAUUGCAGGGGUUAAUUUAGUGGUUGCUGGGACUAGUAAUGGGUAGCCAGUGAUCUGGUGUCAUUAGCCCCUUCACUUCCACACUCUCCACACUGUCUCGGCUGGGCCAAUAGCCUAAGUUUGUGACACCUUGGCAUUUAGUAUAACAAAUACAUAUAUACCACCACAGAAUACAUAUGCAGUGACACUCACACAUAACAGAUACAGUCACACACAUGCUUUUUAACAAACACUCUAGAUACAUUAGGAAUCUGAUAGUGGAGAGUUCUGCAAAGAAUGUUUUGACUGGGAGAAGUGAUACGAGAACUCUUAUGUCGACUGGACUGGGUGGCCUCCAGCACUAUAUUUAUUAUAGGUCAAAGGAUUCUUUAGCAAGAACAUUUAGUUCUGCAGUCACCCCACAGAUAAGAUAGUUCUGUAUACAUUUUCUUAUUUUUUAUUUUUCAAAUUUGUUAUAGAGAAGUUGUUACAAUCAACCAUUUUCUGGAAGCAGCGGCCGAAAAAGAAUUCCGCGGCAAAAGACGGCUUCAACAGUUUAUUGAGAACUUGCUUCAAAGAGUUGAACUUGCAGAAAAACAACUGGAAUAUUAUCAGAAUCGGCAGAUUAAAAAUACUCAAGCAUGUGUUGGCGAUGCUAUGGUAAGGUUUGUGUUUUUGUUUUUUUCCUUAAGUAAUUUAUGAUAUAUUUAAAAUUAAAUAAGCCUGUAAAGAAGUACAAGCUUUGUGUAAGAAGUUAUGUUCAGAAAUCACAGACCUGCAAGCUCUAAUAAGAUUAGAGUAAAAUAGAUGAUAUGAUCCUAUUUGUUAAUUGGUUACAUACAUGUUACAGGCACUAUUUCACAAGAGAAAACACUCCCUCUGCUUGUUUGGCUUCUAAGCCAACUAAUCCGAGCUCUUUGACAGCAUCUUCAAAGUGUGAGAUUGCCCUUGUAAACUAUUUCAGCAACAGUUUUGUUCCCUUGUUAUAAAACUGAACAAUGAAGAUUUCAAAUGGUCAAAUUUUAAAUGGUACAAAUUUUUAUUUUUUUAUUUUCGAUUUAUUGGGCCCUACCUCACAAUUAAUAGAAGAAUAUUAAAACAGGUUUAAUCAAACAAAUCAAGAACUGUGACUUUUUUUAGAUUGGGAAAAGUUUUUCAAAGAAACUAUUAUAUGUCUUAAUAUCACUUUGGAAAUCAGAAAUAAAAUUCUAUUUAAUCCAGAAAUAGAAUGUUAGUAAAAAAAAAGUGUUCCUAUAUUAUGCAAACUACUACAUUAUUAAGAUAAUGACGGUGACGUUUGUACAGCAAAAAGGCAUUCUCUUACCAAAAAUGCAGUUUGUCAUAAUCUAAUUACUCAUGGCUAAAUGAUAUAACCUGCCUGUGUUUAGAAAGGUUAAUGAACGUUCCACAUUUGUUUAAGUCUUAGGGCAGGAAGGCAGCAGUCCUGUCCCUACAGGUGCACUCCACAAAAUGUAGUUAACCUGUCCAAAUUUUGAUAUUUUGGUUUACAAUUGGACAAAACUGCACAAGGAAGGGCAGGUGAAGUGUGUAGAUCAUUGUAAAUCAUUCUUCUCUCUAUAUCCACUCUGCCUGUCAUAAAUCCCAGAAUUAAACACUGCCAACGAUAUUUAGCAAUUCUUAAGCCCAGCGUGUUUUCAGGUAUCACGCCAUAAGGCUGUCUAUUUUGCAAUCCAUUCAUAACUUUCUAAAUUGGGUCUCACCAAUUAUAUAUAUGUUUUGUAACUUGUGAUUACUAAAAGGACACCAAAUGAUUGUUCUCUAGUUAAUCUGGUCUACAGCUCCCCAGAAUCCUUAGGAAUGUUUCCACUGUGGAUGUAUCAAUUUGACAAGAGAAUAUUGACAAGAUUUUCAGAGCACUUAAGUAUUUUCUGGGUGUUGUGUGUGUGGCCUGUAACUCUAUCUUGUGCUGGUAUAUCUCCACUACUAAGAAAAAUAACACCAGCUUUUUUCGUGAAUUUUUUUAAUGGUUUUUUAGUUUACUUUCUGAUGCCCCCAUACUAUACGUCUCCUAAUAUUGUGCUGUGUUUUAUAUAUAUAAUUUUUAUUGUAAUUCUUACUUUUUUUUUUCUUGUUUUUAAUUCAGGGUGGACAAAUCAUUGCUAACAGGAAAAGCAAGUGUCAGUAUGUAUCUUGUUUUUUGCAUGGCGCUGUCACAUAUAUAUUGUUUUAUUAUUAACAAUAAUUUAAUUCCGUGCUGCAUUUAUAGCAGUUGAAUUCACAAUUAAAUACUCUGGAGUUGCCUUUUUAUAACAGAAUCUGUGGUGGAAGCACAAAAUAUAAUUUAUGCAUUUAUGUCAUUUAAAAUAAUCAGUGCUGCAGCGAUGCAUAUGGAAAUUAAAAGAAAAAUGAAAAGAACGUAACAUAUAUUCCUCUAACACAAUUGUCGUACCAACAUAAGUGGCUCUGUAGCAAUAACACCUAUUGUAACCCAAAGGUGUAGCGCUGAUUCGGAGUGUUAAUCUGGUUAGUUAUCGGGAAGUCAUCUAUGUGAGGGCAAAGUGUAAUUUGGAGGAUGUGUGGCGUUGGAUUUGCAUGGCUCGUCCCGUUGUGGCUGCUUAUUGUCCAGUAUUGCUUGUCCAGUAUAAGCUAGACUUAUGGUGUUGAGUGUAGUGCUCCAUUGUCUAGUAUGCCCUGGGGCACUAAGGGGGGGUUAUAUCAUCGGUGCGCAGAACAACUGCCAUAAGGGCUCGGUGUAUAUUAACCUAUUCCAACAAGAGUAAUUUUAAACUUACAGUAUAUACUCGAGUAUAAGUCUAGUUUUUCAGCACAUUUUUUGUGCUUAAAAACCCCCACUCGACUUAUACUCGAGUCACUGUCUGUAUUAUGGCAACCUAGAGAGCCGCGGCCGUCAGAGCCAUGGCAACGAUCCGCGCGGCAACCAGACCGCGAGACUUACAGAGGAGCUGACCGGAAUGGAGGAGAAGGGAGCUGACAGGAGCUGCAGGAAAGGUAAGUAAAUGCUUCCUGCCGGCCCCCCCACUUCACAGCCCAUGCCACUGGACCACCAGGGAUUAAGAUAGCCCCCCUCCCUGACCAGUUAACAAGCAGGGAGGGGGGGGACAAAAAAAAUUAAAAUAAAAUAAUAUUAAGAUUAAAAAAAUUAAAAUAAUAAAAUAAUAUUAAAAUAAAAAAAAAUUAAAAUAAUAAAAAUGCCCUCCCCCCACCCAGUUCUCACACACUACACAAACACACACUCUGCAUUAUAUACACAGAGUGUGUGUAUAUAAUGCAGAGUGUGUGUUUGUAUGAGUGUGUGUGUGUGUAUAUAAUUAUAAAAAAUCACAGAAUUUCAUAGCCCCAAGUUUUACCCUCGACUUAUCCACGAGGCAUAGCAUAUUUCACAAUUGUUGAUCACAAAACUGCACUCGACUUAUACAUGAGAUCGACUUAUACACGAGUAUAUACGGUAAAUAAAAAAGUGUGGGUAACUUGGCAUAAUAAAAAACCUAAACACUGUGGACUGCGUAUUGCUCGCUUUGGUUCAGGUUGCAGAGCUUCUUCCCUCUCUGCAUAAACUGAUUAUUUCUAUGUUCAACCAUGAUCUUUUGUUUGUAGAUUUUAUUUUUCACCCACAUUUAUUCUUCUCUUAAAUCUAUUGUGCAAAUCUAUAGUUCUUUAUCCUGUUUUUUUUGUUUUUUGUUUUUUUUUACCAAGGAAUCGAUGCAGUUACCAUCCUGGAAAUAUUACACACGAUGCCAGACCUCAGUCUGUUCAGAAAGGGCGGACAUAUGUCAACCGUGUGGGGAUACAGCCUAUGAAACUGCUCCACGAAGCUACUGAUAAUUCUAAAGAUCUUUGGAAGGUGCAGAAGAUAGGUGACCCAACUGUUGUUGGCAGAAAAGUGCUUCACAAAACCAAAUUAGGAAAGAAACCGGGCAUGUGUAAUAAUGUAUAUAAACAGUACUAAAAUGUUCAAUUUGUUUACAUUUUUGUAAUAUAAAGCCGUAACAAACAGUGCUCUCCCAGAUACGUAUGAGUGUAAUAAUUUAAGCAUUGUAAUAGUGAAAAUGUUGGCCGCUUUUCUUUUG